UCACCGGCGGCUCGCAUGGAUCCGACCGAGAGACCUCCAUUGUCCGACCAUCCACCGGAGAUCCUCUCCAUGAUCGGCAUGCGGCUCGACGACCACAUGGACGUCCUCCGAUUCUGCAGCGUCUUCCCUUCGUUACGCUCCUCGUUCCGCCGCUGGGCCGCGCCGUUACCUCUCCGGAACCCUACCCCACAGAGGCCCGCCGUCUUCCUCCGCGCGAGCACGGUCUGCACCCUCGAGACGCCGGAGGGAGGAGCCGCCUCCGGUCGCGCGCGGUGGCUGCUGAAGCUCGAGGAGGCGGAGCCCGGGCGCAUGCGGAUCCUCAGCCUCUUCUCGCAGCGGAAGAUCGCGUACUUGCCCCCUGAGUUCCCGAGGGUACUCGAUUCUCCCCAAUUCCGAAUUGUUGCGGUCUGUAGACAAUACACGCUCGAUGAUGGCCGCGGAACUGAAGGCCUCUUUCCAGAUGUACAGAAAGUAGUGAUGCAUCCGGAUAGUGUUUGGUCUGAUUUAGGUCAGUGUUUGGUUUACUUCAUUGAUGGAGUAGGGCAAUUAGGUUAUUGGAAGUACGGGGAUGAGAAUUGCAGCCAUGUAGUUGAUCCACAGGGCUGUGGUUAUGAUGACAUUGUAGUCUACGGAGGCAAAGUCUGCGUCGUCGAUGAGUCGGGGUCGGUUUGGCAGAUCGAUUCGUCUUUCAGACUUCAAAGUUUCUCCCCGCCGAUCUACUGCGCCAACUGCCGCCGUGGCAGUGGCAGCGGCUAUUGGAUGCAUUUGGUGGUGUCGAGUGGCGAUCUUUAUGUAGUGGAAAGAUACGUUAAGCGCGGUGCACACGUGAGGGCCCCAAUGCGUACUGCGAAUACGAGAGUCUACAGAUUGGAUCGACGAUUUGGUGGGAGAUGGGAGAAGGUGAGCAGCUUGGGCAAUUCGGCCUUCUUUCUCUGCAAGCACUGCUCGUUCGUGGUCCCAGCGCGCGAGCUCGGCGGGCUCGACGGGAACUGCAUCUACUAUGCGGAGGAGGAGGCCAAUUCCUAUUUCUCGAGUGAAGACGUCAAGGUGUUCAGCUUGGCGGAUGGUAGCAUCAGGUCGCUGGGCUCUUCCGACUUCCUACUGGACAUGACGGCUCGCCAUUGACGAGCGCCUCCCUGACUCGAGUAAAACCAAAGAAGGCGGCGAUCGCACUGCAGACCCGAAAUGUAAAAUCCGCAAGUAGGUUAGAUCAUGGUAGUCUCUCAUCUCCUUUCUCACAAGUAAAUACACAGCUUUCGUGUUGUCUGCUGUGGAUCAGGAUCUUGAUUUAGCUUCUGAUAUCCAAGAGUUUACUCUCUCAGAAGCUCCUGAUAGAGGUUCGGUGUUCAUAUAGAGUGGACCGGUACUGUCACUUGUCAGCUUCUGAAAUGAACUUCAAUGAUUCAAGACAGAAGCAUGCACAAGUGAAAUGGGCGGUCAGUGGAUACAUGUACUAUACUAGCAAAAGAAGUUACCCA